UCCUCCCCUCUCUUUAUAACCAAACCCUUCAUUUCUCUGUGUAAAGAGAUUUCUCUUCAAUCUCUCUCUGUCCCUACAAACCCCAUUUCAUUUCUCUCAAUCCCCUUUCUUUUCUCCUCCCAAAAUGAGAGAAAUCCUUCACGUUCAAGGUGGCCAAUGUGGUAACCAGAUCGGUGCUAAGUUCUGGGAAGUUGUUUGUGCCGAGCAUGGCAUUGACACUACCGGAAAGUACCAGGGAGAUUCUGAUCUUCAGCUUGAGAGGAUCAAUGUUUACUACAACGAAGCCAGUUGUGGUAGGUAUGUGCCUCGUGCCGUUCUUAUGGAUCUUGAGCCUGGUACUAUGGAUAGUAUCAGAUCUGGCCUUUAUGGACAGAUCUUUAGGCCCGAUAACUUUGUUUUUGGUCAGUCUGGUGCUGGAAACAACUGGGCUAAAGGUCAUUACACUGAAGGUGCUGAACUUAUUGAUUCCGUUCUCGAUGUUGUACGCAAGGAGGCCGAAAAUUGUGAUUGCUUACAAGGGUUUCAGGUUUGCCACUCUCUAGGAGGAGGAACUGGAUCUGGAAUGGGAACUCUUUUGAUUUCCAAGAUUAGAGAAGAAUACCCCGACAGGAUGAUGCUUACCUUCUCUGUCUUUCCAUCUCCUAAAGUGUCUGAUACUGUUGUUGAACCUUACAACGCUACUCUAUCAGUUCAUCAACUAGUUGAAAAUGCAGAUGAGUGCAUGGUUCUUGACAACGAAGCUCUUUAUGAUAUAUGCUUCCGUACUCUCAAGCUCACCACUCCAAGCUUUGGUGAUUUGAACCAUUUGAUCUCUGCAACAAUGUCCGGUGUGACUUGCUGUUUGAGAUUCCCUGGACAACUCAACUCUGAUCUCAGAAAGCUAGCCGUUAAUCUCAUUCCAUUCCCUCGUCUCCACUUUUUCAUGGUGGGUUUUGCUCCUCUCACAUCUCGUGGUUCCCAACAAUACAGAGCUCUGACUGUUCCCGAGCUUACUCAACAAAUGUGGGAUGCCAAGAACAUGAUGUGUGCUGCUGACCCACGACACGGACGCUACUUAACCGCCUCUGCUAUGUUUAGAGGCAAGAUGAGCACUAAGGAAGUAGAUGAACAAAUGCUCAAUGUGCAGAACAAAAACUCUUCUUACUUCGUUGAGUGGAUUCCAAACAAUGUCAAAUCGACUGUUUGUGAUAUUCCUCCAACUGGUUUGAAGAUGGCGUCUACCUUCAUUGGAAAUUCCACAUCAAUUCAAGAAAUGUUCCGCCGUGUGAGUGAGCAAUUCACUGCCAUGUUUAGAAGGAAAGCUUUCUUGCAUUGGUACACAGGAGAAGGAAUGGACGAGAUGGAGUUCACUGAAGCUGAAAGCAACAUGAAUGAUCUUGUUUCUGAGUACCAGCAGUACCAAGACGCCACAGCCGAAGACGAGUAUUACGAUGAAGACGAAGAGGAAGCUGAAGAUAAUGUGUAAGAAGAUAGAGUGUAAUGAUGGGGUUUUAUGAAUGAUGUUUGUAGGGAUGUAUUACGUUGCAACUCUUGCAACUAUCUGUUGCCAGUCAUAUGGAUUUGUCUAUUUUUCUGUUGUCUUUUAUUAUGUGCUUGACUUUUGAACUGAUUGUGUCUUCAGACAGUUGAAUUUUUAACCUACAUAAUAUGAAUUUUGUUCGAAUCCCAUAUGUGAACAUCACCA